AAUUCUUUGUUUGCAUAGAAAGAGAUACUGCGCAUAGAACUCGACAAAUGCGAUACAUGGUGGAGGGCUACAAAACGCUUUGUUCUCUAAGUGCCGUGAUAUAUGUUUGGAAAGUGCAACAUCUGCUUGCUUGUAUUCCAUUGUUUUUUGCAACAAAUGAAUGCACAUUUUGUUAUUGACGUCAUAGAAAUAGAAUGUUUGCGUUGGGUCACUAUGGUGACUACCUGCGGUGGUGAUAAACAAGAUGCAAUCAAGCGUCAAAUCACUUUGCAAUAGCCCAUCAUGUUUUCAUUGCCAAAUGAAUCGAAGUUAAAAUUAAAAAAAUCGUUCACACCAUAAAGAAAGGAACAGAAUUCUUUGAAUUUUGAAUCUGUGACGAAGGCUACGCAUAUAUUUUCUAAUACUUUUUGUCCACAACAAAAAAAGAACUGUUAAUGUCAUCGCCGCGUAAAUCCAUAUCGGCCUCCAGUGUUGUAUCAUCGACCAGACAAAGGAAUAUGAAUCCAGCCUCCACCAAGAGCUGUGAAAGUCUCUACUCGAAUAGUUCCAAAGGAUCGGCAAAUAAUAUAUAUCGGCGUAAACUACCUUCGGCCAUGGACAGCAAGGGGGGAUGCAAUCGUCCACCGGCAAUAAUACCAGCCACCAAUGAGGUACGCCAACGUGUGUUGUCAGCUCGUAGACUCCGCAUUAAAACCUACCAAAAUCAAUUGGCCAAUGCCCAGCAGACAAUAGCGGAAUUGGCCCAUGAAAAUCGCAUUCUAAGGACUUUGCAUAAACGUCAGGAUUCGGCCUUAUCCAAAUACGAGUCCACAAAUGCUGAAUUGCCACAAUUGCUGCACUCCCAUGCCGAGGAGUUGCGCAUGUGGCAAACAAAAUAUCGUAAUUUGCAAGCGGUCAACAAGGACCUUGAACAGAAACUCAAACAAAAAGAAACCAUAAUUCUAUCGCUAAGCGAUCAAAAUAAACACUACCUUCAAUUGAGCAAAGACAAGCAUCUGGAUGACCGUCAUCGAUUGACUGAGAAAUUACAGAAUCUGGAAACUCGUUUACAGGAAAAAGAUAAUGACAUCAAAAUGAUGGCUCGAAAAAUGCAAUUGGAAUCCAAACAGGCCAAGCAACAGCUACAAUUGGAACAGCGGAAGACAAAGGAAGUGCUGAUGAAACUGGAAAAGGCUCGUUUGGAGUUAUCCGGAUUUCGAAAAUUGGAAGAACUGCAGUUGCAAGAAAAAUUCAAUUUAAAUAUAAGACGACAAAAAAAUUCGAAUGUAGAUGGUCACAAGGAUGACAGGGAUUUGGAAAAAAUGGUAUUUCAUGGACUCGAUGCGGAAGCCUUGGAUGAUAAUGAAGCCCCUAAUAGUGAACGCUCUCAACAAUCCAUGCAUAGCAGUCACACAGUUAGCCAACAUUCUAAUCGCACUGUAAGAAAGAUGCACUGCAACAGCUUUAACGAAACACCACAACUGCAAGUGAACAAAGCAAGUCAUUCUGGUAUACUUCGGCGCAUGGAACAAGGAGAUGGGGAUGCCCCCAAAAUAUCCACACCUACUAAAUUUCAUGCAACACCCUUGCCUUUGUUGGAACAACCUAGACGAGAUACAUAUUCAACAGAAUACGAGGAUGAUUAUGAAAAUGACGAGGAAGAUGACACCCUUGAAGAGGGCAGCAACAGCGAAAAAGGCGACCAUGACCAUGGUGACAAGCAGAAUAUUCAGUGUACUGAUGAAGCCCCCAAUGAGGAGGAGCUGUAUGAAGAAAAUGGUGAUUACUUUAAGGAACAACAAAAAAUCGAGCUUCCAGGCAAAAAAAUCCGUAUGAAGGAGGAAAUUUCCAGCAUUCGUAAACAAAUAUCCGAUGAUUAUAAGGAACGUGAAGCUUUUCUAGACACUUUUUGCCGACAGGCCACAAGUGGCGCCCUCAAGGAAGACGUGUCCAAGAAACGAAACAGUAUUGCCGUAGAACACAAUGCACCCAAUAGCAGUCGCAAACACAAGCUCUUGGCCGCCCUCAAAGCCAUUGAUGAUAACAAGAGCCAGGAUUAAAUCGCACCAACGUCUAGAACGCGCACAUUUCUCUUUCUUUGUGUAUUUUGAUAAUUCCAACAAAUUUACUUUAUACAUUAGAUCUUGACUAUAGUAAACUCUAAAAUUACUUAAAAACUGAAA